GGGGCAUAAUACAAACCAUUAAAGCUGCCUAAAAGAGCUGUUGCCCUCGUAGUUGAACUGCUUGCUCGUUGAAAAGGCCAAGUUGGAAGGGUCCAGUGCGAAGAGAUUGAUAUAUAACAGGUUUUACUACGGUGAUGAGCUCUGCUAGCAAGAAGAAGCUUCUGCUUAUGGUUAGUACUUCUAAUCUCAUUUCGACCAGUGAAAUGGUUGGUACUAAUACAGGGACUAGGGAAGAAGUGGCUCUGGUAAGUCGUCGAUGCGUUCCAUCAUCUUCUCGAACUUCUCAGCGUUCGACACUCGUCGUUUGGGUGCGACGAUUGACGUUGAGCACUCCCAUUUCCGAUUCCUGGGUAACAUGACUCUGAACUUAUGGGACUGUGGUGGACAGGACGUAUUCAUGGAGAACUACUUCACGAACCAGAAGGAUCACAUCUUCAAAAGGGUCGAGGUGCUGAUCCAUGUCUUUGACGUUGAGUCCAAGGAGGUUGGUAAGGACAUUGAAAUAUUCACCAAGUCUCUGAGCCAAUUGCGAGAGUUCAGUCCCGAUGCCAAAGUGUUUGUUCUAUUGCACAAGAUUGACCUUGUGCAAGUUGAAAGAAGAGAGGAGCUGUUUAAAAUCAUGAUGGCAAAGUUGCAAGACGUGAGUAACCCAUAUGGGUUCAGACUCACGGGCUUUGCUACGAGUAUUUGGGAUGAAAGUCUCUACAAGGCCUGGAGUUCCAUAGUUUGUACGUUGAUUCCAAAUAUGGGACAAUACGAGCUCAACUUGACAAAAUUACAGGAGAUUAUUGAGGCCCAGGAGAUUAUCCUCUUUGAAAAGACAACUUUCCUAGUGAUAUGCUCCAGUAACAACGGUAAGAGUGCCGGUCAGUUGACGAAUAAAGAAGGGUUGGACCCAAAGAGAUUCGAAAAGAUUUCAAAUAUAAUGAAGAACUUCAAACAGAGUGCAACAAAGCUGAAGUCUCAGUUCAAGACCCUCAACUUGAACGAUAACCUCUUUAUAGUGGAAUUAAGCUCCAACCUCAUGAUAUUCGUUGUUAUGACCCCACAGAAGUCUGCAAACGAUGCAGGACUCAUACAAGAGAACAUCAAAAGGGCACGAGUCCACUUCCAAUAGAUCUAAUUGACAUCACUACAUUAUCUAAAGUUUCAUCAAGUUUCAAAUUUGGGCCGA